CACACCAUCACCGAUGCCGCCUACACUCAAAAGACGAGCAAAACGCUACACCCAGCCCAGUGGGCCCGUGCGGUCCAACACAACAAUUUUGCAGACGAGGUCCCCGUAUGUUCCAGCAGUCAACUCAUCCUGCUCAACUUCGUCGAUGCUUCUAUACUCAGUAAAUUGGAACUUCCCACGUUAGACGGAAAGAUCCUCGAGUAUCCGGAUUUCUCGUAUCUAGUAUCUCGGUUUGCAACCUUGGUCGGCAAUAAGGUCCAACUCGACGACACGACGAAAUUCGCCGUUGAAAUCGUGUCUGCGAAGUCGCGCUCUUCAUGCAGUGCAAGGACUUUCUAUGACUCCCAACAAAUACAAGGUCGCUAUGGACAUCCUGGCCACUCACUUCGACGACAAAGUAACUAUGAAACGUAUUCUCUACACCAAGUUGUCACAACUGCCGGAUUGCGAUUCAGAUUCCCCAAUCUUCAAGCCCUGUAUGACCAGAAUUUCGCCUCUGUUAGACAGUUCGCGGAAGACGGAAAUGACCCGAACGAAACCCGCUUAGGAGCAAUCCUGCUCAGCAAACUUCCCGCCAGAUUCGCAAGGAAGCCGCACUAUCAGAAAUGGACUAUCACGCACGUGCGAGCCAUUAUCCUUCGAGUUACGAGUUUCAUGUCAAAUCCCAAGCGAAUCCUCAGCACUUUUCAAACUCAAUGCAGAAAAGGAAAGAAUGCCCCAUGCCACUGUCAAAAUUCAAAUCACACUUCUAUCGCCUGCGAUACUUUCCCAACUCCACGUGAUCGAAACCGUCGAGUCGAACAGCUACAUUUAUGCUACAGCUGUCUCUCCAGUCAACACGGUCUGGAAGCUUGCACAUCCAAACAAUAUAGCAAAUUCUGCGGAAGACGUCAUCACUCAUCGCUAUGCCUCAAACACUCCAAUGUUCGAAUCAAGAAAGGGAGCCUUCACAAGCUCGCCACCCCUUCACCCCUCGUCAAUCCUCGCUGCGAGCUCCGGUGUUUCACCGAAAGAAACCAAACACAUCCUCGUCAGCCGAGGCCAAUAUGGUCCCAAUUGUUAGCAGACCCUCCCAUCAGAACCAAGACAUUCAUCAAAGGAAACAUCUGCCAUGGCAUUUUCACAGGCACAGGUCCCACCCAAUCGUACAUCACGUACAUCACAGGCGAACUAACCCAGCGAGGAAAACACCUUCGAGUGAAAUCUCUGCCUACCUUAACAGAACAUUUGAGGCAUGCACACCCGUCUGAUACGAAGAACGGGAAGGUUGCGAUAUCGUCAUGCAAACCAUUCAUAUUGAUCGGAAAUGACUACUUUUGGAAUACUGUCUUGUCAAAUGAUUUCUACUACGAAACACUGCCGAAUGGCUAUAGCAUGCUUCACACCAGUGUCGGGAACAUUCCUUUUGCAAGACUUUGA